AUGGCUUUCAAGUGGAGCCUGGUUGUUUUCGCACUGCUCGGGUGCUGUUCAUCUCCGAGCGUGGCUACGUCACAAUUGAUGUUCAAGGGUGCUGCGAUCGAUAGCUCACGUGCGUCAACAUCACGAAACACACCUGAUGACAUCGCCUUAUCAAAGCGGCACCUGAGGUCCAACGUGGCUAUGGCAACGGAAGUUGACUCUCCGCUAAUUGAGGCUGCAACGAGUAUCUCCUUGUGGGAACGCUUGAAACAGAAGAUUUGGAUAUCGAUGCAGACGGAUACGUUGCGGCCGCCAAGUGAAAAAAUGGUAAAAAAAUAUUUUGCCAAGUUUAAGUUAAAGAAGAAGACCCUUGAUGCGAACAGACUCAUUUUCUUAUUCUUGAAGAACAAGUAUAAUGCAUUAGACGUUACGCUAAAGUUGGAUAAUAUAAUUAAAGGCAAGAAACCGGUGCUGGCUCACGAAGAAGUAAGCAGCAUUGGACAUGUUGGCAAGAACAUUGAGGACAAGAGGUAUGUAUUGGGUAAGGAAAAACUACAAAGCGAGGACUAUGCACAGGAGCUCAAGGACAUAGCUCGCAAUCUGCAAGAAGCACAACUUGCUUGGAUUCAUUAUGACCUGGACACAAAGGGAACUCAUUUUAUAAGUACUGUGACUGAAACUUACAAUCCCCAAUUCGACAAAAAAACGAUGGAUCAGCUGGAAGAAAUUAAGGAGCUGUAUAUGGAAAAAUAUGGGAAUCAAAUCUUAUAA